AUGGAAUUGCCAUGGAACAGAAAAAAUUUAGCAGAUGUAUGGACAUGGCCACAUAUAUUUUGGUUGAAUGUUUUUGGCUGGUGGGGAGAAGAGGCUGAAACGGAAUUUGGAAGGAAAUGGCUGACCAGAUUUAGGUCUCUCUCAAUAGUGUACUUUGCAUGCCUUUUAAAUUCCAUGAUGAUCCAGGUAUUUAUUAAGUUUGCUGAAGGUGAUAUCAUGCAGAACCUUUUUACCAUAUUCGCAUCUGGUCCUGGAAUGGUUGGAAUAUUCAAAUUUUUUGACCUUGUUAUACAUCGAAAAGUUCUCAAAUCUGUUAUGGACAGACUUUCUGGGUUGAUAUCGGAAGUUAAUGAUCCUAUUUUAAACGUUAAGGCAAGAAAAUCUCUCAAACAGACAUGGAUCAUCUUUUUGUUAACAUUAUUAGUAUUUGAUUCAGUAGUAUUACACUGGGCAUUAAGGCCUAUUCUUGCAGCCAUUUUACACAACGAGAAGACUAGAAUAAUAGAAAGUUGGCCUGUUUUCCUUGAUGAUUGGACACAAUUCUUCCUGUCAUAUCUGUUUCAAGUACCCGGAGUCAUAAUACUCGGUCAUAGUUUCUACAUUUAUGACAAUUUGUAUUUUUGUACUUCAGAUGUGAUUCUCUGUCAUUUAAACAUUUUAAAACUCAAACUGAACAGACUUGUAUUAAAUGAUGGUGAAAAAUCAACAAGAGAGCUUGUUUCAUGUGUAAAAUAUCACGCGACUAUUCUGAGUGUCUGUAAUGACUUCAGGGAUGCUACAUCAAAAGUUAUCAUCUGGCAGUCUAUAAACACCGUUAUCAUGCUUUGUACUGGAAUUUUCAUUUUAACAUACCUGGUAAAUAAAUUAGCUAAUGUGUUUUAUAUCAAAUUAUUGAUAAAAUAG